AUGGCAAGGUCACUACCUCUCUUGAUUUCCUACGGUCUAGUAGGCCUUUUUGGCUUCGUCCAAAGCCAGACAUUUGAUCCCAACAAGGCCACUCCCGAGACUUGGGAUCCGGCCAAAGUCGGUACGGACAAGACGACAAAUGCCACCUAUAGAAAUCCAGUCAUGACCGAGAACAUUGGAGACCCAUGGAUGACCAGGUAUACAGAAAAUGGUGAAAACUGGUAUCUCUUCACGUACUCCACCAACGACAACAUCACCCUCAAGCGUUCCAGGGCUCUCACCGACAAUUGGGAUCACGCAGAGAGCCGCGUCAUUUUUAAACCGGACCCUAAGAGCGGCGAGCCGUGGUCUACCGAUAUCUGGGCGCCCGAAAUUCAUAACAUCUCGAACAGAUGGUAUGUCAUAUUCACGGCAACCCCAGACGGGGAUAAUCCACCACCAAUGCAGGAUGCCUUGUGCCCCUACAACUGUCCAGCCGUAAACCACCGCAUGUUUGUUCUGGAGAGCAGCGGAUCGGACCCAUGGACUUCAAGCUUUGCCUUGAAGCCCGAGGUUAAUACGUAUGACCAGUUCGCGAUCGAUGGGACAUAUUGGCACCACAACAACCAGACGUAUCACAUAUACUCUUGUUGGGAAAAUGCAUACUCGGCUUGGCCUGCGAACCUUUGCAUCACACACAUGUCGAACCCUUGGACCGUUGACUCGAGCCUGGCAGAUAGGCGCAUCAUCUCUGUACCUGAUCAGCCCUGGGAGAAGACCCCGUACGGGAGCACAAACAUCCGCCUCGCCUCCAACGAAGGGCCUCAGCAGCUCAUCAACCCCAAGACCGGCCAGCAGUUUCUGAUGUACUCUGCCGCGCGUGUCAACACGCCCUUUUACUGCCUGGGGAUGCUCGAGCUGGUGGGAAACGACCCGAUGAUGCACACCUCCUGGAAGAAGCACACGGACGGCUGCGUCUUUCACCUCAACAGCGCCGAGAACAUCUACGGCACUGGCCACGCCAGCUUUGUGACGUCGCCCGACGGCAGCGAGGACUAUCUCGUCUAUCAUGCCCAGACGACGCCGAAGCCCAAGGCCGACUUGUACCGCACGGCGCGUAUUCAAAAGUUUACCUGGGAUGAAAAGACGGGCGCGCCCGUGUUCCCUGUCGCGUCCAACGGUCCGUUUCCUGUGCCGUCUGGUCAAAAUGGACAUAAAUAG